AUGGGUAAAUCGGAAUUGAAGCGUAAAAAGGUUCAGUCCGAAGUGAAACCUGAAGAGGAACUCGAAAAAGAAGCUGCUAUAGUACAGCAGGACGGAAUUGCUGUGGAAUCAACCCCCGAGAAAAAAAAGAAAAAAAAAGAGAAAACUGCCAGAGACCAAGAAAAGAGUGAAGGAGAGAGUGCUUCGGUAGAAGAGAAUUUUAAAGAAGUUGAGAGCGAGGGAAAUGAAGAUGAGGGCGAACAGGAAGUUCGUGGAACAGCCAACUUGAAUGGAAGUAUUCAAGGAGAGGUUGAAAACUUUUCCGAGCUUCCUCUUUCUGAAAAUACACAAAAGGCCAUCGAAGAUAUGUCUUUUGAGAAAAUGACUGAAGUACAAGCUCGUACGAUUCCUCCUUUACUUGCUGGUCGCGAUGUCUUAGGUGCUGCUAAGACUGGUAGCGGUAAGACACUUGCUUUCUUAAUUCCAGCUAUUGAAAUGCUUUAUGCAUUGAAAUUCAAGCCACGUAAUGGUACAGGUGUGAUUAUUGUAUCUCCAACCCGUGAAUUGGCCCUUCAAAUUUUUGGUGUUGCCAAGGAAGUCUUGAAAUAUCAUCAUCAGACAUAUGGUAUCGUCAUUGGAGGUGCGAAUCGCCGUGCUGAAGCUGAGAAGCUUGUCAAGGGUGUCAACUUAUUGGUGGCUACUCCUGGUCGAUUGCUGGAUCAUUUGCAAAACACCAAGGGAUUCGUUUAUCGUAACCUUCGUUCUCUUGUCAUUGAUGAAGCCGAUCGUAUUUUGGAAAUUGGUUUCGAAGACGAAAUGCGUCAAAUCGUUAAGGUGCUUCCUUCUGAAGACCGUCAAACCUCAUUGUUUUCUGCCACUCAAACUACUAAAGUAGAGGACUUGGCCAGAAUUUCUUUAAGAGCUGGUCCUCUAUACAUUAACGUUGACUCCUCGAAAGACACUUCAACAGUAGAAGGUUUGGAACAGGGCUACGUAGUGGUUGAUUCUGACAAACGAUUCCUUCUUUUGUUUUCUUUCUUAAAAAGAAACUUGAAGAAAAAGGUGCUCGUUUUCAUGUCCUCCUGUGCAUCUGUAAAGUACUUGGCCGAACUUUUGAAUUACAUCGACUUACCUGUUCUGGAUCUUCACGGCAAACAAAAGCAACAGCGCCGUACAAAUACCUUUUUUGAGUUUUGUAACGCUGAAAGAGGUAUUUUGCUGUGUACAGACGUUGCUGCUCGUGGUCUCGAUAUCCCUGCAGUAGACUGGAUUGUUCAAUAUGAUCCACCAGAUGAUCCUCGUGAUUACAUCCACCGUGUUGGUCGUACCGCUAGAGGCAACCAAAAGAGGGGUAAGUGUUUGAUGUUCCUUACUCCUUCCGAACUUGGUUUCUUGCGCUAUUUAAAGAACGCCAGAGUUCCCUUGAAUGAAUACGAGUUCCCUGCUAACAAAAUCGCCAACGUCCAAUCUCAGUUGGAAAAGCUUGUUUCUAAAAACUAUUAUUUGCAGCAAUCUGCUAAAGAUGGAUACCGUUCAUACCUUCAAGCUUAUGCCUCUUACUCUUUAAAGUCGAUAUUUGACAUCAAUAAACUAGAUUUAGCAAAGGUAGCAAAAUCCUUUGGUUUUGAUCAUCCUCCUAAUGUUAAUAUCACCAUCGGUGCCAGUGGACGCACUGACAAGAAAGAGCGCCGUGGAGGUUAUAAAAGCAAAGGAAAUGUUUAUUCGAAGCAGCGAUCUUCUAGCAUGUCGCAAGACACAGAUCGCAAUUGGAGUCGUUAA